AUGGCCUCCAACGCCUCCGAGUCGUCCCCGCUGCUGCCCUCCAAGCCGCCGGCCAAGCCUCAGCGCAGCGUCACCUUCAAUCCAAAUGUCUCCACCAGCAGUCCCUCCAAUGCGCCCCCGCUGCGCCCCUCCACCCAUCUUCCCAUCUCGCCCGUCGGCAAAAAGCAGAAUGGAGGCCAGCCGAUGCUCUCCGCCCUGAACAGCAAGCUGCGCCGUCGGAACAGCCAAGGGGCUCCUCUGAUUCCCUCCUCUCUGGCCGCCCCGAAAAUCGGCCCCCAGAGGACGACGAGGAAUGUGCAAAAGCUGAAGCUUCUGCCCAAUCCCGAGCAAGCCGAAGACGAGAUCGAUGAGGAGAGCGGCCGUGAUGUAUACGCACAGCUCACUCGCAUCAAAGAGCCCACUGCUCGCCGCGAUGCUGCCCGUCUGGGCAAGGCUGAUCGCGAGAGGCUGCCGAGGGUCACAGCAUACUGCACGGCCAGCUCUUACCAAAUGGAUGGUCUGAUGAGGUACCUCAAGGGCAAGGCCAAGACGAAGGGUGCUGCCCCCAAGCUCUUUGACGAAUGUGUCUAUACACCCUAUGACUACAAUCUGGGAAAGAAAGCGGCCGAGCCGGAUAACAGCCAGGGGCCAGAAGGCCUGACCGGCCUGCCCGAGCGAAGACAUUCGGACAGUGCUGUUGAGAUUGACGGUAACACCGAGCAGCGGCGGGUCGACCUGAUCGACUUGCAUAACCCUAACAACGACGGCACAGCAGGCAAUGCCGAAAGCUCGAUCCAGACGGAAAGCGAAGAUGCGAUUGAUUCGUCACGUUCUCGACGAGACUCGAUAGACUUUGAUACCCACGUGCACACCCCGGAAGUAUUCUUAUUCAACUACGGCACAGUUGUGAUUUGGGGCAUGACUUUACUGCAAGAACAACGCUUUCUGAGGGAAAUUGCCAAGUUUGAGAAUGAAAAGCUUGCAAAAGACGAUGUUCAAACCGAGGAUUUCAACUUCUAUUACACGCAUGAGUACCAGGCAAGGAUAUACAACGACUUCAUCAGCCUGCGCGACAAGAAAAACUACAUGACUAAACUUGCCAUCAGCCACGCAUUGGCCCAGAGCGUCAAGACUUCGCUUUACGAGGACCUGGUUGACAAUACUAUCGAAACGACAAAAGACAUCCCGUCGCAAAUUGCGACCACUGGCAAGGUCAAUCUUUCCCGGCGCGAGAUCAACAUGCAAAUCGGAGAACUGUUCAUCUUGAGAAUCAACAUCCAUCUUCAGGGUUCGGUCCUCGACUCGCCUGAGCUCAUGUGGGCCGAGCCGCAACUCGAGCCUAUCUAUCAGGCUGUGCGCUCCUACCUGGAAAUGGAUCAGCGUGUUAGCCUGUUGACAGAGCGCCUCGACGUCAUUGCGGAUCUUCUCGCCGUGCUGAAGGACCAGCUCACGGUGACGCAUUCGGAGCUGUUGGAAUGGGUUGUUAUUGUCCUGAUCGCUGCUGAGAUUUUGGUGGCGGCUGUGAACAUUGUGGUGGACCUCUACGCGGGUGUUGAUUGA